UUUACAUUUCGAACGACUAAAUCAUCCAUAAUUCCCAAUGAAAUGUGAAAAAUGAAAUUUAACGGGCGAUUUUGAAUUGGGCUCCGAAUUUGCUCAAAAUAGAGCUAUUGAUUGACACAAGUGUGAUAAAAGUUACCAAUACAAAUGAACGCAAGCAUGGCAGCAACGAAGCCGCUAGUUGUGGUGCUGAGUUUGCUAGAAUAUUCGGAGAGUCACACAGUGAGGCAGACAUUUUGGAAGACGACACGCAAAGAAAAAUCAAUUGAAUUUUCAGCAGAAAAAAGGCAUCGACGGACGUAAGUGGAAAUGAACCCGUUCAAAAGUGGUGCUGAUCGACGCUGCAAGCGAAAGUCAAAGUCGGGAAAGGUUGAAAUCAAACAAGAGCCGGCGAUUAAGGAAGAGCCCAAUGGUGAUGAUGAUGUCAUAAACAUACCUCGGCCAAGAGUUGAUGGAAGAUAUCGUGCGAAUCACGAGGGACCGUUCGACUUUGGCUUUGACUUCGAUGAGGUAAAGGAUGAGACCAAAUGUGAAGAAGAAGAAGAAGAGACGGGCAAAGAGAAGGACUCGCAACCAUGUGGACGAUCGAAUGAGAGCGCCGCCAACGAUGAAGACAACGAACAGCCUAUGGGUGAUGCAAUCGAUGUGCAACAAUCGAAACCAGUCGGUAGUGGGAAGAAACGGAAUGGAAGCUCCAAAAGACGGAACCAACGAACGAUUCCCAGGAAUCAAGCGGCCAAAAAUCCAAAGAAGCACAAAUGUCAUGUGUGCAAUCAUUUGGCAUGUGACAACUUUGACCUCAAAGUACACUUGCGCACUCAUACUGGAGAAAAGCCGUUUCAGUGUGAUGUUUGUUUGAAGUCAUUUUCCAAUCAUAAUAAUCUGAACAGGCAUAAGAAAACGCAUGGCCAAUUCCAUUGUUCACAAUGCAAUCAAGGAUUUGAACAAGAAUCAGCCAAGAUCGAUCACGAAAGGCUCUGUAGUCGCCAGCAAUUCGAAUGCGACAUUUGCGGAUAUAGUGCAUUGCAAAAACAACAUUUGACAGUUCAUAUGCGGAUCCACACCGGGGAAAAGCCGUUCGAGUGCACAAUUUGUUUCAAAUCAUUCAUAACAAACGCUAAUCUUCAAAGACAUUCCAUGGCGCACAAAGAUGAACUGCCGAAUGCUUGUGCGGAAUGUGGUCGACGAUUUGCCACUCCGGACGAUAAGCAAUCACACGAAACGAGCUGCCAACGAAGUCCGUUUGCAUGUAAUCAGUGUCAUUACAAAACUGUUUACAAGACUCAUUUCAAGCGGCACAUGCAAUCAAAACAUGGAGCUAAACGGUCGAUCGAAUGUGAAUUUUGCGGAAAAUAAUUCGUUCAACACAUGUAUUUAAAUCAGCAUUGGUUCACAGCACACAGUGACCAAUUCCCGUUCCAAUGCUCCAAGUGCUUCGGAGGAUACGCAACCGAAGGUGCAAAAGAGGUUCAUGAAGAUAGCUGUGGCCACCGUCAGUAUCAAUGCCAUUUGUGCAAAGAACUGUCUCGUUCCAAACAUUCCAAACAAAUGUUGACGAUUCACAUGCGAAAAGAUCACACCGGAGAGCGGAUUUAAUGCAAAGUAUGUGUAACAAGCUUUACCAACAGAAGUAAUGCCAAUAAACACAUGAAAAAAGUUCACCGUUUGAAGAAGAACAAGGUCACACAUUCCAUAGAUUUGUCAAAGUGUAAUCGACAUUGAAAUCAAUUCCUUCAACCCAAAUAAUAAUUUCAUACAGAAUUUCAUUUUAAGAAGAUUCAAUAUUUUCUAACGUAAAAUACGCUUGGUUAGAUCUUUAGAUUUAAGCUCCCAUUUGUGAAUGAAAUAAAACCGAAAUAAAUUUGAA